UCCUCAUGAAAAUGAUUUGGCAAGGUCCAGUUUUUGCUAUACUUAUGCAUAUUUUUGCUUAUAUUUUUAAUGCAAUACUUUUAGUAAUGCUUGAAAAGAAAAGAGUUAUUCAUUCGAGAGUUUAUAUGUUUAACAUGAUUGUCUCAGAAAUUUUCAUGAACUUCACACAGAAUAUCUUGGUCGAAUUUCCAUAUUUUUUCACCCAAGAUCCAGCGUUCUACUCAUUUGAAAUUGUGAAAUUCGUAGAAAUAUUCAGCCAAAUGGCAUAUCAAAGCAAAUUUUUCAUGGCUACAUUGAUGGCAGUGAAUAGAUUAUGGGUAGUGUUGAAGCCAAUCGGAAGUGAUGCAUUUAGUUCUGAGCGUCUUAAGCUUUACAUGACAAUCGGAUGGCUUGUACUCUUCUUUCGUCAAAUGAUUAUUAUUAUCCCAAAUGAUUGCUAUUUCAAAAUGGAUUUAGUACAGUUUCAAGUGUCAGCAGUAUGUGAGGACAAAGAGAAACAUGCUCUCAGAAUGAGAAUUAACUCCAUGAUAAGCUAUUUCAUACACAUUUUCUUGCCAUGGGUCUCCGUGUUUAUGAAUAUUUUGGUUUUCAUCUUCAUCAAAUUGAGGAAAAUGAAAAGUCAAGUGAGAAGAAAAAGCGGAGAACGGACUUUAGUCAUAAAUUCAUUGGUGGUGUCGCUGCUUCUGACUGCAAAUUAUCUAUACAACUAUUUCUAUUCCAUGUUCAAACCGUUAAUAUCCCAACAGUCACAUGAGCUUCAGUCAGCAUUCAGCUUUUUCAAUCUUUAUGGGUGUUCGUGUUUUAAUUUUGUGGUUUAUUUCCUUUUAGAUCCGACAAAUCGCCAAAAAGUUAUCAAUACUGUAACUAACAAGAAAGAAACAAAUCUAUCUAGAACAAUCACUACGGUAAUUUGAUAUUAAGUGUUAAAAUAUCGUUCUGGAAUAAAAUUAGUUUUUUU